AACUAAAACCUCCAGAUGCGGUGGCACGUUUCAGUACUAAAACCCUGCCUGUCGUCUUCCUUCUGCAACUCCACAUAUUAUGUCAGAACCCUAACCACCGCAUCAAGAGAAAGUUAUUCUUCAAUAUCUCCGAUGUCAACCCUCAAAACUACCAUAGAAGAACGCGACGUCGGAAUCCUCUGCUAUAUAUCUCAACUCCCUGGCUUUCGCGGAAUUCUCAAGCAAAGAUACUCCGAUUUUAUAGUAAACGAAGUUGAUACCGAUGGAAAUGUAGUUCAUUUGACCUCUCUUGAAGUCCCUCCACAGAUUGUGGAAGCUGUAGGAGACAGAGCAAACAAAGUAUCGAAUGAAUUAGAUAAAGAUUACAAAUCUGAAAUUGAAUCGUUUAGGUUACUUGCAAGUGAGCCUGAUACGCAGUGUUUAGAAGCUUUUAUUGCUCAAAUUACUUCUGCUAGUGAAGAUAGAAGUAGCAUUUCGCCUAUUCUUCUUUCUCCGGAUUCUGAUAAAGCUCAUAGAACGGCAAUGCACAAUUUCUUCAAGGAGAAGUUCAAGUUCCUUGUGACUGAUACUGUUGACGGACCUGAUGCUUCAUCGAAAUGCAUUCGUAUCAGAUUGAAUUCUGGAGGACAUAAAAAUGGAGGUAGAAACUCCAAGAAAAGGAAGGAAAGAGGUGAUAAGCCUUUUGAUAGUAGAGGUUCAGAUGAUUGGCCAGAGCAUCUUGGCAAAUUUCUUAGGUUUCAUCUUUACAAAGAGAAUAAGGAUACACAGGAAGCUAUGAGUCUGAUAGGAAAGAUGCUUGGCCUUCAGCCACGAUCUUUUGGGUUUGCGGGUACAAAGGACAAGCGCGCUAUCUCAACUCAAAGAGUCACUGUUUUCAAGCAGCAUGCCAGUAGACUAGCUGCUCUUAAUGACAGAUUGAUUGGUAUCAAAGUGGGUGAUUUCUGCCAUGUUAAGGAAGGACUUCUUCUUGGGCAGCUCCUAGGGAAUCGAUUCACAGUCACAUUACGAGGAGUUGUUGCAGACUCUGAAGAUACGAUUAAAAGAUCUGCAGAUUCAUUAGGAAGGAAUGGGUUCAUCAACUACUUUGGCUUACAACGUUUUGGUAGUGGUUCUGUGCCAACACAUCUCAUUGGGGCUGCAUUAUUCCGAGGAGAAUGGAAAAAUGUCGUAAGCAUGAUUCUUGAUCCAAGAGAAGGAGAAAGAGAUGCAGUAAGGAAGGCACGAGAAUAUUAUAAGGAAACUGGCGAUAUUGAAGGAACUCUAAGGCAAUUACCUCGCUAUCUGAUUGCUGAAAGGGCUAUACUUCAGUGUUUGAAAAAAUGUCCUGGUAACUAUUCACAGGCCUUAAAGUCCAUACCUAGAACCUUGAGAAUGAUGUAUGUACACAGUUAUCAAAGCUAUUUGUGGAACCAUGCAGCAAGUAUGAGAGUGCAAAAAUAUGGAACUGACCAAGUUGUGGUGGGGGACUUGGUGUAUUGCAAAGAAAAUGAUACUGAGAAGGAUGCAGCAGAUUUUAAUUCUGAAUGUGAAGAUGGUAGCUGUGGGGACAUCUAUGAUUGCUCUAAUUUGGAUGAAACCACUGGAACAGAUUGUCCUGAAAGGAAAAAUGCUCUUGUUAAGGCAGUAACUGCGGAAGAUAUCUCCACUGGAAAUUAUAAUGUUGAUGAUGUCAUCCUUCCGAUGCCUGGAUCUAGGGUGUGCUAUCCAACAAAUGACAUUGCUGAGGCUUAUCAUGAUUUGGCAAAGAAGGAUGCUAUCAAUUUGGCUGAGAGUGUGCAUAAUGUCAAGGAAUUUUCUAUAACCAGCAUGACGGGAAGUUAUAGGCGUGUUUUUCAGAAGCCAAUGGACUUUGAAUGGGAAUUAGUCUCAUAUACUGAUUGUAAUACACCAUUGGCAGAGACAGAUUUAGAAAAAGUUGCCAAGAGAAAAACACAUACAUUAAUCAAAGAAGAAGAACGAGUCAACAGAGAUGAGGGGAAAAGCCUUUCUGAUGGAACGGAAUUGACAGCAAGCUUUGAAAAUGAUGAACAUGAACGGGUAGAUAAAGAGGCAGAGAGUGAUGGAGAAGAAGGGCUACCACAAGCUGAGUCUCCCACUGGGUCUAAUUCACAUGGAGCCCAAACAGCUCUCAAGUUAAGCUUCACACUUCCUGCUUCAUGUUAUGCUACAAUGGCCAUUAGGGAGUUGCUGAAGACAUCAACAUCUGUUGCAUUCCAUAAAACAUUAAACCACUGAAAUCUUAGAGGUUUGGUGUACUGGCAACAGAAUUACGCUUUUGUGGAGAUCACAAGUACUAGUUACAAGAGCAAACGAGGUUAGAUUUUGCAGACAAUUAAUCACCUUGUUCAUUGCUCGUGAUAUGUUUUUUGGAAAAAGCUAUCAUUCAUCAUUGUAAAGGAAGGAAAGACGAACAUGAUUUUGGAUUCAUCCUUACCCUGUGACUGCAGUGAUGAUUACCAUAAAUUGUCAAAUUGAACUGAUUUCGUUAAUUUGUUUCCCUAGAAGUUUUUUAUGGAUGAACUUGAAUUUGCUGCUCCCUUACAAUAUGUUAGAUUUGUAAAUUUAAAACAAUUGGCAUGUUUCUUUGAUAGCAUCAUAGCAGCGAACUUGUAUGCUAGUUAUUCCUUCAGAAAUUCUUCAGUAGGCAUAAAGAGCCAUAAGAAUUUGGGUGAUCAGUUAGUACAGAUUCAAAUGUGGCUGCAGUCAAAAGAUUCAAAUUACUCAGAACAAAAACAUUUGCAAGAUAAUUUGUGAAAUAGUCAUGAAAAUGAAUAGGAACCUACCUCGUAUGCAACAAGAAGUUUGCUGUAAUUUGAAUAACUAGAGCUAGCUGGGCUCUUAACAUCACAGUCACCAUCCUUUGAUCUGGUUGAUUGAUAAAGCUUGACGAACCAGGGGUCUUCAUUCUCAUGAGCAAUGGGUGUCGAGUAAGUGGAUGAGCCUUGUAUCUGAGCAUCUAGCUGGCGAUUCCUUCCAUCCAUUGAAGCUGCUUGCUUGCUUUUUGGUUUGAUAUUCCAAUUUGGUCUCUGUUUAGGUUCACUCUGUGACCUGACUUUAGCUCUUGAAGAUUCUGUGUUGGCCAUGUAGUUUGGAUGAGAAAUAGGUUGCAUGUAAUCUGGUUUCUGAUAGGUGAAAGAGGCUCUUCCUGGGAUUGCCUUUGAAGUUGGGGAAUGGAUUUGGGGACUACUUGGUGCUGUUGGGAAGGAAAACUCAUCGUAUUGCUUCUCUCUGUUUGAGAUGAGUUCGCUGGAGUAGUAUUUCUGGGGCCUGCUGUGCCCUCUUUUAUCUAUAUGUGAAUGAUUAAAAUAUCGAUGUUUCUCCUUUAAAUGUCUUUUCGUUUCAUAAAUAUUUAGGUCGAUAGUUUCCUACAUGAACACGUUACCAAAUUAAAACAGUAGUAAAUCAAAUCAAAUGUCAAGAGUUUGAUUGAA